CUGCUCCUACGACUUGCACUCAUCUCUCGCAAAUAUAUACGCAGUGACAGGAUGGCAGAUGCUACGGAAGACCCGCUCGUACUUUUGCGAUCCUCGAUCGCUUCGAGCUCAAAUCCACCCGUCUUGACCGAUUCGUCAGGACAGCCAACAACUCAAGCGUUGGAUGCUACCAAUGUCGCUCUGUCCUCGUCUUCCGGAUCCUCAAUCACGCUUCCUAUUACUACUCCCACUCGACUGACAUCACAAGCCAACGACGCUUCCAACCUCUUGACACUGCAACAGCUGCUGUACACUUACCUCGAAAAGGAUUCGGGAAAUGCAGACUAUAUGCGAAAGGCCGCUGCGGGAGUCGGGGCUGGGUUCCGGCCGGUAGGUAUCUUGGACAGAAGGAUCGUACUCGAAUACCUACUGGGAGGGGAAGCUCCAGCCGGACGAGUGUUGGCAUUAGGGAGCAAACCGGAAGAUAAGCACUUUGAGGGCUCGCAGGCUCCGACAACAGCAACGGUAGAUACAGGUGGUGCUUCUCGACCAUCAGCAGUGGGAGGUAGUACGGUACCAUCUAAACGGCGAUACGUGCCAGACGAGGCAGACAAGGCGUUCUACAAAAAGCUCCAAUCCCUCACCGAGAAACCCCACGUCGACAUCUACGACCCUCUCCGACACGUCCCCCCCGGCAAGAAAGCCGACUUUUCCACCCUCCGAAGCAACAUCUACGAAGAACGGAUAAAACCUCUCCGAGAGUCCGUCAAUAGGGCUAAAGAGGGUAAACCUAUGGAACCGGACAACCAGGCCAACAAGGGGGAGAGGGACGCCCCGAGGGGGGUCAAGAAGCAACGAUCGAUGCAGCAGAAUAUCAUCAUGCUUUCUUCGAGUCCGACGGCGUUGGUCACCAUGUGGAACGUCAAAAAGUUGUUGGAAGAGGGAGAGUUCGAGCGGAACGAGGAUGCCAAGACUAGACAGCAGAAGGAGGGGAAUAGGAAGAUGGAGGAUGUGGUCAUGAUCUAUCGGACAGUAUCGAUGCCGAAUGGAGAGGAGAAGAAGAUCAAGUACUACGCUAUUGACAGUGUCGACGUGUUACAUAAGCUAGGAAGCGCUGCGGGCGGCGAUCCUUGGGACCGUGUCUUGUGUGUGUUCACGACGGGUCAGGCAUGGCAGUUCAAGUCGUACAAAUGGUCUGAACCCAAGGAUCUGUUCCGAAAUGUCCUCGGCAUCUACUUUCACCUGAGCACGGAACCGCAACAUCCAGCGACAAAGGAUUGGAAUGUCAAGCUGUUCAAAAUUGAUCCGAAACACCGACAUACGGAUCGACCGGUAGUGAGCGCUUUCUGGCAGACGUUGGAGAAGGCGAGCCGGAGGGGAUGAGCAUAGUAGCGUCGGGGUUCUCUCUGUUGUAUAUGAUGCCUACCGUGUGGUGAGAUGUCAUCGUGGGAAGAGAAGAGGUUGAACUAUCACUCCCUACGAUGUCGAAGCAGAAGGACUUUGAGGGAUUCAGAGUACAUUAGCAACGGCGAACCCCAACAGGUACUGCAUUGAGUUCGGUACCGGUGCGAUCGCACAGCGGAUCGACAGCAGAAAGCUUGCGCUGCUUGAGCGAGUCAUAUCUGGUAUGAACCUGGACAUGUACCGACAUUCCCUUGACCGUCGAUAUCCAAUAUGGCCAGG